GUGGCGUCCACUUCGAGUGGAAGAAUAUCACUACUUCUAUGACUAAUGGCCCAUUGGACUCGCCGUGUCGAAAGAAGGGCGGGUUUUCACCUGCUAUACGCGUGGGACAUGUAUAUACGUUGGGCGAAAUCAUUGACGAGACGGCCGAGGUGACAUACCCUAACCUAGAGCUGAACAAGCCCCCUCAAGGACUUUCUAACGUUAGCAAUAGCAUCACAUUCAGCAGUAAUGAUGAGGGUCAUUUUAUCAGCGUGCAAGCAUUAUACGUAACCCCCGACGACACGCUUUGGGUGCUUGACACUGGACGUCCAAGUAUUACCCAAGAGGAAAAGCUUAACGCUUAUAUGAACGACCUGCGGUUUGAUCUUCGCUCGAAUAUCACCGAGUCGAAGGGUGGCAUCGUAUAUAUUAUAUACAGCAGUAACGAAGGGAGAACAGGGUUCAUUAUGAUUGACCUGGCGACAGGGAGAGUUAAAGGCAGUUUGACCAACAUCCUUCAGUUCCACGACUCAGUUGACGGCGGCGCUAUAUAUUAA